AUGGCUGCGCCCCCAGCCCGCGUGGACACCGCCCCCUCGCCCCCUCGAGAUGCUCCGGGCCGGCCGGCAGAGAAGGGCGAGGCCGUGGGCGAGGAUCGCAGCAAUGCAGAAUCCUUGGACAGACUCCUCCCGGCCGUGGGCACGGGGCACACCCCCCGGAAGCGCACCACCAGCCAGUGCAAGUCCGAGCCACCCCUGCUGCGCACCAGCAAACGCACCAUCUACACGGCAGGGCGGCCGCCCUGGUACAACGAGCACGGCACACAGUCCAAGGAGGCCUUUGCCAUUGGCCUGGGAGGUGGCAGUGCCUCUGGAAAGACCACUGUGGCCAGAAUGAUCAUCGAGGCUCUGGAUGUGCCCUGGGUGGUCUUGCUGUCCAUGGACUCCUUCUACAAGGUGCUGACCCCGCAGCAGCAGGAGCAGGCCACUCACAACAACUUCAACUUCGACCACCCAGAUGCCUUUGACUUUGACCUCAUCAUCUCUACCCUCAAGAAGCUGAAGCAGGGGAAGAGCGUCAAGGUCCCCAUCUACGACUUCACCACCCACAGCCGGAAGAAGGACUGGAAAACGCUGUAUGGCGCAAACGUCAUUAUCUUUGAGGGCAUCAUGGCCUUUGCUGACAAGACACUGCUGCAGCUCCUGGACAUGAAAAUCUUCGUGGACACUGAUUCUGACAUCCGCCUGGUGCGGCGGCUGCGCAGGGACAUCAGUGAGCGAGGCCGGGACAUUGAGGGUGUCAUCAAGCAGUACAACAAGUUCGUCAAGCCUUCCUUUGACCAGUAUAUCCAGCCCACCAUGCGCUUAGCGGACAUCGUGGUGCCCAGAGGGAGCGGCAACACAGUGGCCAUUGACCUGAUAGUGCAGCACGUUCACAGCCAGCUGGAGGAGGUGAGCCAGCAGGCAGGGUCCCUGUCCCCACAGCCAGCUCUACUGCAUUCCCGCUUCCCUUCUACCGCCAUCUCCCCAGCAGCCUGCUCCCUCCCUCACACACCUUCACCAUCCUCUGCUGGUCCUGCUCUGUCCAGCUUUGUCCCCAAGCCCAGUACAACUCAGGCCAGAAGAUCAGGGUUUGUGCUGUGGCCCCACAGGGACAAGGAGACCAACAGAGAUGAGUUCAUCUUCUACUCCAAGAGGCUGAUGCGGCUGCUCAUCGAGCACGCGCUCUCCUUCCUGCCCUUCCAGGACUGUGUGGUGCAGACACCACAGGGGCAGGACUACGCGGGCAAGUGCUAUGCUGGGAAGCAGGUGCAUACUGGCGUAUCCAUCCUGCGCGCUGGUGAGACUAUGGAGCCUGCGCUGCGAGCCGUUUGCAAAGACGUCCGCAUCGGCACCAUCCUUAUCCAGACCAAUCAGCUCACGGGGGAGCCUGAGCUCCACUACCUGCGGCUGCCCAAGGACAUCAGUGAUGACCACGUGAUCCUGAUGGACUGCACGGUCUCCACAGGCGCUGCGGCCAUGAUGGCUGUGCGCGUCCUCCUGGACCAUGAUGUGCCAGAGGACAAGAUCUUUCUGCUGUCACUGCUCAUGGCGGAGAUGGGCGUGCACUCGGUGGCCUACGCGUUCCCACGCGUGAGAAUCAUCACCACGGCUGUGGACAAGCGAGUCAAUGACCUUUUCCGGAUCAUCCCAGGCAUCGGGAACUUUGGCGACCGCUACUUUGGGACAGAUGCAGUCCCUGAUGGCAGCGACGAGGAGGAAGUGGCCUCCAUGGGUUAGCUACCCAAGCUGAACCCACCCUAUCUCACCUGAUCUCCUCCUAUCUCCUGGCCCAAGAUUGCAGAGUAUAGAGGCGUUAACACACACAGCUGAUUCUAUGCAUUUUCUAAAAUAAAGCUUUAGAAAAAUGAA